UGAGCAACCGAAACCAGAUCUAGAGUACCAUAUCGCUGACGUCGCCGCUGUUAGCAGGCACUGUACCAAGUCGCUAAUAAAAGAGAUUGGCGGGCAGAGCAGUGCCAGAUGAGCCUAAUCCGAGAUGACGGACCUGGCCAAGCCUGAUGAUCGCGGUUACCAAGCUUCAACGUCGACUCUCACCAUCCCGACGUUCACCAAUUAAUGUCAUCCUCCAUAUCUGCGUCGUCGACCUCAUCGGCGACGGCGUCUGCGACGUCGUCGGUGUCGAGCUCCUCUUCGACCAGUUCUAAUCUCAAGGUCGUUGGGAUUAUCCUUGCCGUCGUCAGUGGCUUUCUGAUAGGAUCCAGCUUUGUCUUCAAGAAGAAGGGUCUCUUGCGCUCGCAGGCGGGCGGUGUAGCGGGAGAGGGUGUGGCAUAUCUCAAGUCGCCACUAUGGUGGAUUGGGAUGACGAUGAUGAUAAUGGGCGAGCUCUGCAAUUCUGCAGCCUAUGCUUUCAUUGAGGCCAUCGUUGUGACACCCCUCGGUGCACUUUCUGUCGUUAUAUGCGCAAUUCUAUCAUCUAUAUUCCUCAAAGAAACGUUGACGAUAUUCGGUUGGCUGGGAUGUGCUCUAUGCAUACUUGGGUCUGUCGUUAUUGCCCUUAAUGGUCCCAAGGAAGAUCUCGUUGGUCAAAUAACAGAGUUUCAGAAGCUUUUUUUGGCCCCAGGCUUUCUUGUCUACAUCUCCGUUUUAAUAGCGGCAUCGCUUGUCAUCAUCUUUUUCUUUGCACCAAAAUAUGGCACUAAGAGCAUGCUUUGGUACAUUUUUGUAUGCAGUAUGAUUGGCGGCAUUAGUGUCAGCGUCACCACCGGUGUCGGCGCAGCCAUCGUUCAGACAGCAAAAGGCGAUAACCAGUUCAAGCACUGGUUCAUGUACUUUCUAAUAGCGUUCGUCGCGAUAACUUUAAUUACAGAAGUGUACUAUUUAAAUAAGGCGCUGGCGCUUUUCAACACUGCUAUGGUGACGCCGACAUAUUAUGUCAUAUUCACCUUUUUUUCGAUGGUGACAACUGUGGUACUAUUCCAAGGUCUUGAUUCCAGCGCGUCCGAGAUUAUCACAAUUGUCAUGGGCUUCCUUGUCAUCUGCAUAGGCAUCACCAUCCUCCAGAUGUCCAAAGUGGACCCCACUCAUCUCUCGAAACUGGACCGGCGCUCUACUCUCCUUCUCCAAGCCGCACGGUCACAAACAGAGGUGGAAGAAAAGGGGGCAAUUGGUAUCGAGGAUCCGGGUAUGGACGCCUUACGAGGCUCCUUCGGUGCUAUGGGCAGCAUCAUUCGAGCCAGGAGUGCCAGACGCGUCAGUGAAGCCACUCGUGCUUCGUCAUAUCGAUCAAGGCCUCCUGGCGCUGCGGCUCCUUACGAUCCCGAACGACGUCGGGAGUGGCCAGAAGCCAAUAAUACGACACCAAAUACGGCUCUUGAUUAUCUAUCAGGGUUCAAGCGGCAUCAAUUGUAUGAUGCCCCAGUCCCUCGAGCGAACACAGGCGAUUCCCAGUCAUCUGGAGCUGGCGCAACGAGGGGAGACGAUGAUUCAUCAAUAAAGACGCCCUCCUUGACAGAUUCUCAAAUAAUGAAUAAACGACCUACGAUCAAAUUUGGCAGCCAAGAUCUCAUACAUCAGUAUCAUCCUACCGGGAACGGUCAGCGUGAUGAUCACGCAGCUACGCAUGAGCAUCGACUAGCUCUCGGCAUUCCAGGGAUAGUAAUGCCAGGAGGUGGGAGCGGGAGCGGAUAUCCGCCUACUGUACGGACACGGCCACUCGAGACCAUCAUCGACAACAAACCUGAUCUCCUCGCAGAGAGCCCUACCUCAUACAAUAGUUUGCGAGAACAGUCGGUGAUGGUGCCGCCAAGCUAUACACACGAGCAUGCGGUGCAAAGUGCGCCACCAUCGAUGAAUCCCCGACUCGCGCGUCCUGGCCAACAGAGAGUGGACUCGCGUGAUAUAUUUGGGGGCGAUAAUAGUCCAAGUACCGCGACCUUGUUGAGCUUCCCGAGUGUCACUGAUUCGGCGCGGAGUUGGGACGGGGAUGAGGUAGAUGAGAAUGGAACGAGGGGACGGACAUCGAAGAAGUAUCCCAGGGGCGAUCAGGAUAUAGACAGGGAGGAGAGUGUAAGCUUGGUGCAGAGGAGGGAUGAUGAUUCGGAUGAAUCAUCGUCCGGUGCCAGAGGUGUGGUACGAUUGGUGCAGCCCUCAAGCCAGGAUAGGUUCUGAGAGUGUGUAUGUAUAUUCUUUCAUCAUCUUUUUUUCCGUGCAUAGGACUACAUCUUUACGAUUAUUCUUCUUCAUUCGGUUCUAGACAUACCUGUCAAUGAACUAUUUUAACCGGAGAGAUGCAGCGUCGUAGAGGAAUUGUA